AUGUUCACAAUUCAAUUUAUCAUCUAUUAUUUUGUGCAUAUUGCCAAGUUGAAUAAUAUCUUAUUUCUACACUGUUGGCCAGCUAAUUCACUCUUUCAACUGGCACACUUAGCACAUAAUUCUGGGAUAUUCAAUCAAUUUUUGGAUCUUAAUGCAACUUUCUCUCAAGCGGAGCAUUUGCAAGCACACCUCGUUAAUCAUGAAAUCAUCAAGCUGGGCAUUUACUUUGACAUCAAUUGUGAUCAGAGUAAAGAAGUGUUGAAAAUGGCCAAUACGCUAAGCUUAUUUAAUGAUCAUUAUCAUUGGCUUAUCAUCGAUCGCAACUUUGAUUUAAAACAACUGCGAGAAAGAUUUGCUGAAGCACAACUUUAUGUCAACAGCGAGUUAACUUAUGUGGAACCUCAGGCAAAUUUUACCAGCUUUAUACUCUACGAUUUGUACAAUAAAGCCAAACACUUGGGCAGUAAGCUAAACAUAACCAUCGAUCAGCAAAUUGUUUGCAAUGAGCGAGGUUGCCACGUCAAGAGAUAUCUAAGUGAUCUUCAUCUGCGACUUCGAUUGCAAAAUCGCAGAUAUUUCACUGGCAUUACUCUGAGAGUAAAUGCAGCAAUCACCGCGAUGCCUGUAGAUUCCCCAGAGGAGCAGAUAAAAGAGUUUCUAAGCAGUCUUGAUGAUAUUUACAAGGAUUCAUAUGCCAGGCUGGGCUAUCAAACGCAUCAGGUUUUCAAGGACUUACUAGAUUGCAACUUUUCAUUCACUUUUCGCGAUCGCUGGACGGACUCGGAGCUAACUGGCGGCCUCAUUGGGGAUUUGAUAAAUGGCAGCGUUGAUAUGACAACCACCGCUUUUUUAUACACCUUGGGACGCACCAAGUACUUUAGGCCCUUGACCUGGCACAGUUCCUUUCGCUCCGUCUGCAUGUUUCGAAAUCCACGCUCAGCUGGCGCCGAGUUGCGUGUUACGGAAUUCCUCGAGCCAUUCAGCUGGACGGUUUGGCUUAUGUUUAGCGCACUGCUGCUGUUUACUGGCUUUUUGCUGUGGCUGACAUUUCUGCUGGAGCGUCGUCUAAGUCGAGCUAGCAGCAUGGAGACAUCCUUGUUGACCAGUUGCCUUCUGUCCUUUGGUGCAGCCUGCAUUCAAGGCGCUUGGCUACUCCCUCGCUCAACGGGCGGUCGCAUGGUCUUCUAUGCGAUAAUGUUGACCUGCUUUCUAAUGUACAACUAUUAUACAUCAAUAGUGGUGUCCACGCUGCUAGGAGCACCACCCAAAUCAAAUAUACGCACCAUACAACAAUUGGCAGAUAGCAAUCUGGAGGUGGCUGUUGAGCCCACCAUCUAUACGAAAGUUUAUGUGGAGACUGCUGAAUUUCCCGAUAUACGCAGUUUGUAUCUCAACAAGAUUUUAAACAAGGAUCCCAAACGCAUUUGGUUGCCCUCAGAGCAGGGCGUGUUGAUGGUUCGCAAUCAUCCUGGCUUUGUGUUCAUAGCUGAAUCAGCUAGCGCAUAUGUUUUUGUACGAAAACAUUAUUUGCCCCACGAGAUUUGCGAGCUGAAUGAAAUUCUAUUGCGCGAUGAGACAAGCGCCAAUACAAUCAUAUUGAAAACAUCUAAUUUUGCAGAACUCUUCAAACUAUGUCAAUUGCGCCUCUUGGAGACUGGAGUGCAUUUCAAGCACUUUCGCUAUUGGGUGCGCAACAAGCUGCAUUGCUAUCAAAGCAAUGUCACCGUUGUGGUGGGCUUGGAAUCCGCCGGACCGUUGUUUCUUCUACUACUCAUGGCGUAUAUCAUCUGCUUGUUUGUUUUGGGCCUGGAAAUACUGUGGCAUAAACGACAGUUACGCAAAGGAAGAAAUUAA